AAGUCCAUCCUCCAUUGCUGCAAAUCAAGUUCAAGCAAGGUUGGUCCAAGGAAGGUGAUUAAAGAAGGGAAAAGUUAGUAAAAGUGUGAAGGAUUAAGGAACUUGUAUAAGUGGUUCCUAGAUCUUUCAAGGAGUUGAAAGGGUCACCGGAGUCAUCGCCGGAGUUCUUCAAAGUUCGCCGGAGUUUCGCAGGAGUUCAACCGGGAAGGGUAGAACUUCAUAAAGCUCAUUCGAGGUGAGUGGAAGACUUAAUGUCUUGUAACUCUUGGGUUAAGUAUAAGAUUACCUAAGGAAAUGUUAUAAGUAUUCAUAAUCAUGUUUAAAGGAACUUAAGCAUGUGGUUAGGCAAGGUAAUUUGGCUUAGGUAAAUGAUACUACAUGAAUAUGCAUGUUAAAAGUAUAAAAUGUGUAUAAGAACAUAUGUGAUGUUUUGGAUGGUUAAAAUGGGAUAUUAUGAUUGUUUAAGACCCCAUACAUGUUGUAUAAAAGUUUCGGACAAAUCGGAGAUCAUCCGGGGGGUUGACGGACCGCCGACGUGUGGCAGACGGUGAACCAGCGCCGGCCAUAGGGCUGAACCGACGCAGGCUAAGCCACUGGCUGGCCAGUCUGGGUAUUUUGAUACAUACCCGGCGCCAGGUAUAUGGGUAACCGGCGCCGGUUAAGCUGCUGCCCCAAAUUUUUGGUUUCGCCGAAAACGCGUAUCAAGGCCCGGUUUGAGAGGGGAUAAACCCCGGCCAUCCUAUAUAAGUUUAUUGUGCAUGAAAUUGCAUGGAAUAUGAUAUUUAAAUGUCAAGUUUGAUAUCUAACGAUUAAAUUCUAAGACUUGGUUUAGUCUUUACAAACGAUUAUGAUAUAGACGCUAACUUUGCAUGAUAAGCGGUAGGUCAUUGAUGUGAAAGUAAGAUGGUGGAGACCCAAGGACGACGGUACUGUCCUCAAAUUUCAAAUGUAUAAACGGUGGAGGACCCAGGGACGACGGUACUGUCCUCAAAACUUUAAUGUAUAAGAAUGGUGGAGACCCAAGGACGACGUUACUGUCCUCAAACCUCAAAUGUAUAAACGGUGGAGACCCAAGGACGACAGUACUGUCCUUAAAUCUCGGUAUAUGAAUGGUGGAGAACCCAAGGACGACGGUACUGUCCUCAAAACUUGGAAUAUGAAUUGACUAGGGCCAAGAGGAGUCCUACACACUCAUAGGUAUAUGGGUGGGUUGGGUUUGAGUCAAGGAUAUUGACUACUGCCAUUUUCACUAAUAAACAAUGACCUACGGGUCUGGUAUUUCCAAGUGUAUAUAUACUGAUAUGUAUUUUAUAACUUGGGGAAAAGUACUAUACGUGUAUGUAUCACCCUAUGCUUGGGUCUUAUACUUGAAACGUUACUUACACUACAUUUAGCUUGCUACUCGCUCGGUACUUGUACUGACUCCUUUGGGAGCCCCCACCAUUUUCAAGUUGAAGCUAGGGCUUGCUACCUGCACUUUCUUACAGGUGAAGUCAACUCAAGGAUGACGUGGUUCGUGCUUCCUUACUUCCUUUCAAACUACCAAACACUUGCUCAUGGAUAUUUGAUUUACUAUGAACUAUUUUGGGCCUGUGAGCCCAUGUCUUGGCCGGAUGUGGCCCAUGCUUUACCGUUGAAUAUUUCCGCUAUUCAUUGGAUUAAAUGUGAUGUUGUUAUGUAUGUUUACUACUGAGUAUGGAUGGAUUAUGUUCAUGGACGCCUGGUAUGACCAAGUCACGUUGACUUGCGGGUGACGUCACUUGGUUAUACGGCGGUUGUACACGUGCUUAGAUGCGGUCUGGGGCGUGACAGACAGACCUCCGUAGCUGCAGGACUUGAAGGACAGACCUCCGGAGCUUGCACCAGUGAAAAAGAUGACGGAAAAGGGGCCCAAACUCGAGAAGACGAUGGACCGACGUUGGAGGCUUCCAUGGACAUGGUGUAUGAACCGGAUGCACAUGGUCAGAGAAAGGAUAUUGAAGCUCCGAAUGUUGGUAUGAAGUUGGAUAUGAAAGAAGCCGUGUAUGAUUUUUACAAGACAUACGCGAAGAGCAUGAGAUUUCCCAUAAGAACUAGGAGUACAAUCAAAGACAAAAAUGGAGUAGAGAUUGCAGUGGUAAUGGAGUGCUCACGCGCAGGGAGUCGAGGUAGUAAGGCACAAAAUCAAUUGAAGCCCCAACCAUCAAUGCAAACCGGGUGCGGAGCUAGAAUACGGGCGCGCACAACUUAUAAUAGCUCAUGGGAAAUUUCAAAAAUAUCUCUACAACAUUCCGAUCUGAUGAGUCCAACAAAGGCUCGCCUAUUCUGACGUAAUAGGAGAUUGACUCAUAUAACUUCAUAAAACAUUCAACUCGGCCGUUGUUCAAGCUGGUGGAUAUGAUGAACUUCGCUUUAUUGAAAAAGAUUGUAGAAACUACAUUGAUAAGGUGAGACAACUUAGGCUAGGGAGUGGUGAUGCAAUGGCAAUUCAAGGGUUCUUUGCUACUAUGCAAGUCCAAUGUUCCAGAUUUUUCUAUAGCCUUGACAUAGAUGAGGAGUCAAGAUUGCGGAAUGUGUUUUGGGCGAACAAUCGGUGUAGGUAUGCUUACAAAUAUUUUGGAGAUGUCAUCAUGUUUGACACGACUUACCUUGUGAAUAUGUAUGACAUGCCUUUUGCCUCAUUUGUUGGGGUCAACCAUCAUGGCCAAUCUAUAUUGCUAAGAUGUGGAUAAAUAUCUAAUGAAGAUACAGACACUUUCGUGUGGCUAUUUAAAACAUGGCUCGAUUGCAUGGAGGGAUGUGCUCCAAUGGGAAUUAUUACGUAUCAAGAUCGUGCAAUGCAAAAUUCCAUUAAGAUUGUUUUCCGAAAUGCCAAGCAUCAGUGGUGCCUAUGGCACAUAAUGAAAAAGGUACCCGAAAAACUUGGAGGCCUUGCACAAAAAGAUGAUAUCCUAGAUGCUCUACAUGAGUGCGUUUACGACUCCCAAUACGUGCAAGAAUUUGAGCAUAAGUGGAUUGAGAUGUUACGAAGGUUUUCACUUCAAGAUCUGAAUGGCUCAAUGUAAUGUACAACGAAAGAACGUGGUGGGUACCGUGCUAUUUAAAGCCAACAUUUUGGGCCGGCAUGUCUACAACGCAACGAAGUGAGAGCAUCAAUGCUUUUUUCGAUUCCUCUUUCAAUUCCAAAACAACUCUCAAACAAUUUGUUGAACAAUACGGACGUGCGUUGUGAAACAAGGUGGAAAAAGAGUUUCAUUUCGAAAUUAAUUCUUUUACCAAAAAUAUAUCAUGCAUUACUACAUAUUCCAUGGAGAAACAAGUGCAAAAAAUUUACACCCUAGCUAAGUUCAAGGAGUAUUAAAAUCAAAUGGUUGGCAAGGUUUAUUGUGAUCUCUUGCUAUGUGAGGAUGGUAAAAAAAUCAUGGUCAAAGAGGACAAAAUUAAUGGGUUGGAUAAAAGUGUGAACUUCUAUGUGGAGUAUGACCCAUUAACUAAUUUUGGAGUUUGUAGUUGUCACUUAUUUGAAUUUCGAGGUACGGUGUGUAGACACUUGAUUGUGGUCCUACGUCGGGUUGGUUUGAAAGUCUUGCCCGAUGCAUACAUCUUCUAAAGAUGGAGGAAAGAUGGGAAAAGAGCUUACCAAAGAGUGAAAAUCAAUUACGACGGGUGGAUCACAACGGUGGAACAAACACGGUUUGACAAGUUAUGCAAGACGUUUGAAUCGCUUGCUAACAUUAUUGCCGAUGAUGAAGACAAGUACAAUAGCGUCCUCCUAUGAUGGGAGACCCAAUUAUCAACAUAUACUCCACCGCUUUUUCAUUCUUCCAUAGGUGGCACCAUCACACCCAUACAACACCCUACCACAAGUGUGCAAGGCGAAGGUGAGGUUCCACUUGUGAUCGGAGAUCCUAAAUGCUCUAAGAACAAGGGCGCUCCAAGGAAAAACCGACAAAAGGGGCAACUUGAAAAGGGGAAGAAAAAAGGGAAGGCUAGGAAUGAUAAAGCACAAACUCCAAACACACCGACCCAACAUGGAAAUGGUGAAGGUGCUAGUAACGCAGGUAGUGUGCCAUGUAUACACCCUAGUGGUUUAGAUUUAAAUUUAUCUUUGUUUUGAAUGCCUUUUGUAUGAUGUACAUUGAUAUAUACAUACACACACACACACACACACACACACACACACACACACACACACAUAUAUAUAUAUGAAGACCCAGCCAGUAUUAUUUAAAUGGA